GUGAUCAGUCUUUUCCCUCUCAUUCAUUAAAGUUAUUAAAUUGGGGAAACUAAUUCAACUGUUUCCAAUAAAAACCCUUCCUGCGGGGAUUUCUUUUCUUGGGUGAUAGAAAACCGAAACGGCCAAACCCUCAAAAACCAUCAUCAUCCAACCCACCAGUUUCGUCAAUCAAUAUGUAGAUCCCUUUUGUUUUGAGUUGAAUAUCCAUCACAAAUCGAGUACUCAUGGAUCCAAUUUCAAAACGCCAGAAGCCUUUGGAAGAAUCGAAGAAGAUGGAGGAAAGUGAAGAAGAAGAAGACAGGUUAAGCAGGUUACCAAGCAGUAUUAUUGGCCAUAUCCUUUCCUUCCUUCCAACAAAACAAGCAAUGGCAACUAGCGUCUUAUCUACCAAAUGGAAGCAUCUCUGGAAAUCAAUCUCUAAUCUUGACUUCGACGAUUGGUUUGUAACAAAACAUCCUCAUAAUAUUAGCACCACACGAAGUGUUAGGUCAUUUGAAAAAAAGCUUUUCAUUGAUUUUGUGUAUCAAGUUCUGCUUCUGCGAAAUGUAUGGGAUAUGAAUAAAUUCCGUCUUAAAUACAUUAAUAAAUCUUCAGCAUCACAUAUUAAUGCUUGGGUUGCUACUGCACUCUCCCGUAAAGUUAGAGAACUAGAUCUGUUCAUUAAUAAUGCGGAUGGCAACAUUCUGCGCCUACCUGGUGACCUUUUCAUAUCUACUACUUUGGUACUACUAUCCCUCAGACUGACUACUAGGGUUUCUCUCAAUGUCCCUAAUUUGGUCAGCCUCAACAGCCUUAAAAUCUUGCAUCUUCACUCAGUUGGAUUUUCGGAUGAGGACACUCUUCACAGGCUCAUUUCAAGCUGCCAUGUGCUCGACGAUUUGUCUAUUCAAGACUGCCUGUGGAGAAAUACGGGUGUUGUUAACAUUUCUUCUUCAUCUCUCAAGAGUUUGAUUAUGAAAACCAUGUUUAUUGAUGACAAGUGCAAGAUUGUGCUUAAUACACCAAAUCUUCAACACCUUGUAUACCAUAAUUUGCUGAAAGGAGGCUAUUUAUGGGAUAAUCUGAAUUCUCUUGUCAAGGCAAGCAUCCGUUUGACUUUAUAUAGCACAGCAAAAGCACGCGACAGAGUUGUGAAACUUGCUGUGUCACAACUUGUUGAAGGAGUAUCUGGAGUUCAGAGGCUUUAUUUAAAUGGUGAUUCUAUGGAGGCUGUUCAAUUGUGGUGUUGUUCACUGCCCGAGUUCCAUAAUUUGACUUAUUUGGAGCUCGGUCACAUUAAAGGUGUCUCAUGGAAAUUGCUUCCAGAUUUACUUGGAACCUCCCGGCAACUUCAAACUCUUGUUUUUGAGGAUCUUUCCACUGUUGGUGACGAAAACCACCAACUCCAUUGGUAUCCUCCUGAGAAAGUGCCUUCUUGUUUAUUGCUUCACCUCAAGGUCAUUGAAAUUAGGAAAUUUAGAGGGGAAAGAGAUGAGCUGAAAUUGGCAAAGUAUUUUUUGAAGAAUGCAAAUGUUCUGAAGAAAUUGAUCAUCCAUCCUACAGUUAGCAAGGAAUCAGAGGUUUGCAAGGAAUUACUGAUGUUACCCAGGGGUUCCAAGACCUGUCAAGUUGACUUUAUCUGAUUUAGCUUCUUUUACAUAAUUGUCUAGCUAAUAUAUGAAAUCAUCUGGUCACUUUGCUUGUGAGCAUCUUUUUGCUGCUGCAGUGCGGUUGGUGGUAGUUUCCUGCAUGUUUUUUUUUUUUUGGUUAACAUUCCUGCUGUUUUUUUUUUGCCAACAAAUUCUCUCUCUCUCUCUCUUUCUUUUCCCUUCUUCUUUGAAGGCUGUCUUAAAUUAAUUGCUGCUGUUUAAUUUUUUAAUUUUUUCUUUUUUCUUUGUAAUGCUGUUUGCUGAAUUUUGCUGAAUGUAUUUUGUUGGAUUAUUUGAAAUUGUAAUGCAAUGCUGUUUGCUGAA